CUUAGUGGUCCGGCCGGGCGCCGGAACCGCGGCGGCGGGGCGAGCCGGAGCGCGGGGAGGGACGGACCGGGCAAGAUGGCAUCCCCCGCGCGCUGGAGCCACGUGUGGGUCGGGGCCGAAACCGGCGCCCUCAAAGGCGUGAACCUGCAGCGGAAACAGGCCACGAAUUACACGAGCGCCGGGUCGCUGAGCCGGGCCCAGGGCGUCUGCACGCUGUGCUGGGGGGACGUCGCCGAGUCCGAGGUGCUGGUGGGCUGCCUGGACCGGGCCGUGAAGCUCUUCAGCACCGAGAAAGGGAAGUUCACGGCAACGCGGCUCUGCCCCGGCGGCCAGGGCCCCUUCUGCGGCCUGGCGGUUCACGGCAGCGCCCUCAUCACCUGCGUGGAGUCGGGGCUGCUCAAGGUGUGGCGCGAGGAUGACGCUGAGAACCUGGAGCUGCAGGCGGGCGCCGGGCUCUGCCGCAUGCGCCAGGACCCAGCACGGCCCCAGCGUGUCGCCACCGGCGGCCGGGACAACGGCCUCAAGGUGUGGGACCUGCAGCGGCCCCAGGAGCCCCUCUUCCGCGCCAAGAACGUGAGGAACGACUGGCUCAACCUCCACGUCCCCAUCUGGGACCGCGACCUCCAGUUCCUGCCCGGCUCUGACAAGAUCGUGACGUGCACUGGGCACCACCAGGUGCGCCUCUACGACCCCAGCUCCCCGCAGCGGCGGCCAGUGCUGGAGACGACCUUCGGUGAGCACCCGCUGACCACGCUCUCCCUCGCACCGGGGGCCAACUCAGUGGUGGUGGGCAGCGCCCGCGGGGACCUGGCUGUGAUCGACCUGCGCCAAGGGCGGCUGCUGCGGUGCCUGAAGGGCGUCGCGGGCGGCGUGCGGGGGCUCCAGUGCCACCCCCACCGGCCCCUCGUGGCCUCCUGUGGCCUCGAUCGCUUCCUCCGCGUCCACGGGCUGGGAGACAAGCGGCCGCAGCACAAGGUCUACCUGAAGUCCCGGCUCAACUGCCUGCUGCUGAGCAGCCGCCAGGACUGGGAGGCCCCGGAGGCGCCGUCCCCCGCGGCGGACGGGGACAAGGACAAGGACGGGGACAAGGAGGAGGACGACGCCGACGCGCUCUGGGCCGCCAUGGAGCCGGUGCCGCCCCCGGCCCCCCCCGGCCGCCGGCCCACCAAGCGGAAGAGCUCGGGGCUGUGAGGGCGGCGGGGGGGCGCCGGCGGCGGGGCCCCCCCGGCCGCGGCCCCAUAAAGGACUCUGUGACCCGA